CUGUCUCUCCCCUGCCAUUUUUCACCAUUCUCAACAAUCAGAGAAAGCAACGAAUUGAUCGAUCUAACAUUCUAACGCAACUCUCUCUCUAUAUAGAGCACACUUUCUCUCACUAGAUGGUAUCUCAGAUCCUGCCAAUUUCGGACCCCUCCAUAACAGAAUCGUUGAGGGCGUCAUCCUCUUCAACGAUGUACCCGAUGUCAGCAGCAGCCGCGGGGACAAUGUUACUGAGAUCGGCGGAGGAAGAUUUACCCACCACACGUCUUCUCAUUUCUCCGCAGUUCGAAGAUGAGAAGAAGACCAUUGAAGUCAAACCCCUUCUUUCUAGGGCUUCAAGUUUCAACAGUACCACCACCACCCCCACCACCAAUUCCAAUUACCAGCAGAAACGGCGGCGUAGGACCAACAGCGAAACCUCUAUCUCUAUUAUGUCCGAUGACUGCAGCAAAUCAUUCCGGCAAGAUGGGGACGCGUAUCUGAUCACUCGCCUUACCUUAAAGCUCUUGCGAUAUCUUGGGAUAGGCUACAGAUGGAUUAUGAGAUUUCUUGCCCUUGGCUGUUAUUCUUUCCUAAUUUUCCCGGGCUUUCUUCAAGUUGCGUAUUACUAUUUCUUCUCAAGUCAGGUCCGUAGAGGCAUAGUUUACGGUGAUCAUCCGAGAAAUAGGCUCGAUCUGUAUUUACCUAAAAAUAGUGAUGGCCCAAAGCCAGUUGUUGCAUUUGUUACCGGUGGAGCUUGGAUUAUUGGUUAUAAAGCGUGGGGUUCUCUUUUAGGACAACAGUUAUCAGAAAGAGAUAUCAUAGUGGCAUGCAUAGAUUACAGAAAUUAUCCUCAGGCUACGAUUAGUGAUAUGGUAAAGGAUUCGUCUCAAGGCAUCUCAUUUGUGUGCAAUAAUAUUGCUGAAUAUGGAGGUGAUCCUAGCAGGAUUUAUUUAAUGGGACAGUCAGCUGGUGCUCAUAUUGCCGCUUGUACACUCUUGGAGCAGGCAAUCAAGGAGUUGGGUGAAGGAGAGAGCACUUCUUGGAGUGUUUCCCAGAUAAAGACUUAUUUUGGUUUAUCUGGAGGGUACAAUUUGUUGAACCUAGUUGAUCACUUCCAUAGUCGAGGUUUGUACCGAUCAGUCUUCUUAAGCAUAAUGGAAGGUGAACAAUCUUUGCAACGAUUUUCUCCUGAAGUAAUGGUACAGGACCCAAACAUUAGAAAUGCAGUUUCUCUUUUACCUCCUAUUGUUCUUUUCCAUGGGACUGGAGAUUAUUCCAUUCCAUCAGAUUCCAGUAAGAAUUUUGCAGACACUCUUCAAAGAGUUGGAGUCAAAGCUGAAUCUAUUUUGUAUGAAGGGAAGAGUCACACCGAUGUGUUUCUUCAGGACCCAAUGAGAGGUGGUAAAGAUGAAUUAUUUGAAGAUUUAGUUGCUAUCAUCCAUGAGGGGGACUCGGAAGCCCUCGCUAAAGAUGCCGUGGCAGCUCCAAGAAAACGCCUUGUACCUGAAUUCAUGUUGAAGUUGGCUAGUAGAGUCAGCCCAUUCUAAACAUUCACAUCAGUUGACUCAAUAGCUCAAGAGCCAUAUUUUUGUUAUUUCAAUCAAUUUACCGUUGUACAUAUCACGAAAAUAUAUUAUUAUUUACGAGAACAAUGUGCGUUUCUCUUGCUUCUUGUCGCCGUCUUCUUUUCCUUUUCUGAAAAAAUUGUUUACUAGUCUGGUCACAUUACUCCAUUGUACUAAAGAUAGUGGGAAAAUUGUACAUUAUACGUUAAAUGAUUGUAGUUAAUAAUAUGAAUAUUGCAUUUUGCGA